GGUUCAUUUUAUUUCCAACACAACAGCCCACACAAAAACUCUUCCCGUGGAUUUUGAUAUUUGUUGUUGUAUUAGGUGAAGAUCAACAAGUUCAAGAUUGAUAGCUUUUGGGCUUUGUGCCCUAGUUUGCAAGAAUGUCGUUUUUGGAAGAUUCAUUCAUCAUGUUCUUCUCACAGGCCAUUUUCUUCUCUGGUGGCUGGGUGUUCUUCAUCAAGAUGCUGUUUAAGGAUUAUGAGAUUCACCAUGUUCUAGUGCAGCUCAUAUUUGCCAUCACGUUCGCUCUCUCAUGUACCAUGUUUGAGCUCAUCAUCUUUGAAAUUCUAGGAUUUCUAGACUCAAGGUCUCGCUACUUUCAUUGGCAUCUGGAUUUGUACUUGAUGCUGUUUAUGGUAGUUGGAGUCAUCCCUUUCUACAUUGCCUACUUUGUCAUCUGCAACAUUGGCAGAGUUCCGCACCACCUGCAGCGGCCGCUGACAGUGCUCACCUGGCUGCUCUUCCUGUACGCCUUCUGGAAGGUCGGAGACCCGUUCCCGCUACUCAGCCCGCAGCACGGACUCUUCAGCAUUGAGCACCUCAUCAGCAGGGUCGGCGUGAUCGGCGUCACCGUCAUGUCCAUGCUGUCAGGGUUCGGUGCCGUCAACUACCCCUACCAGUCAAUGGCCAUGUUCAUGAGACAGGUGACACCCGCCGAUGUCCAAUCACUCGAGCGUGAGCUCCUCAAACGCAUGGACAUAAUCGUGGCUAAGAAGCGGAAGCUGGCGCUGCUGCGGCGGGGUGGCGCGCAGCAGUCGUCUGCCGGGACGGGCCGACUGUGGGGCGUGCUGACCGGAGCCGCCUCGUCCGUGUGGAGCGGCGGACAGAGUCAGAGUCAGCUCAAACAGGAGAUCGCCGCCAUGGAGGAGGUGGUUCGCCAGCUAUUUCUGGAGGACGUGGACCAGCAAUACAUGCUGGAGAGGAUUGAAUGGUCCAAAACGUGGAAAGGACGCUACUUCAACCUGCUCGGCUACUUCUUCUCAAUGUACUGCUCCUGGAAAAUAUUCAUCUGUACGGUGAACAUUGUUUUCGACCGCGUGGGUAAGAUUGACCCGGUGACCAAGACGAUGCACAUCGUGGUCAACUGGCUGGGGUUCAACAUCGACGUCACCUUCUGGUCGCAGCAGAUAUCGUUCUACGUGGUCGGCUGCAUCGUGGUCACGUCCAUCCGCGGUCUGCUGCUCACGCUGACAAAGUUCUUCUACGCUGUGUCCAGCAGCAAGUCUUCGAAUGUGAUCGUGCUCGUCUUCUCUCAAAUAAUGGGCAUGUACUUCAUGUCGUCGGUGGUGCUGAUGCGCAUGAACAUGCCGCUCGACUACCGGCGCAUCAUCACUGACGUGCUGGGCGACCUGCAGUUCAGCUUCUACCACCGCUGGUGCGACGUCAUCUUCCUGGUGAGCGCGCUGACCAGCAUCAUGUUCAUCUACUUGGCGCACAAACAGUCUGCAGAGCGAGACGCCGGGGAACGCAGCCUGUAGUGACGCGCCGCCGCAGUGGCGCCGUCCGCGGCCGGUCGGUGAAUGAAUAGUUGUAUUUGCGGCCGCAGGAUGGCGUUACAGUCGGCGGUGACGGACCAUAGGCCGUGAAUCUCUCGCUGAAUGACUCGAGUGGCUGUGGAGUGGACGUUUCACGAAAGGGGAGGUCGAGUCAACCAAAGUGUCUUGUUAGAAAACAUGCUGUUAGGAAGAGCACCUAACGGCAGGACCGUAUAUUUUUACGAACUAAUACUUUGCAGCAGUGCCAUUCGAUCUUGCCUGGAUAAUGCAUAUAACCUACAGUUAUAUAGUUAACCUAUAGUUAACCUACAAUACACCCAACUCAGCUACAAUCUCUACCUAAAUCCUGGUCGGCGUGGUUAUUGUGUUUAUUUUCUGGUUGUUUCGCAAACAUUCCGACCGCAAUCGAUGUCGAUGUUGCGUUAUUUUGUCGUUCAUUUUACGCUUGCUUUCUUGCCUGGCGCACUAAUUGUUACUGUCUUAGAACUCCUUCACUUUGUAUUUCGGUACUACCUUUUCUCUGUCCUUAUUAGUUCUUUCAAUGAAAUGUUGUCAUGAAAUGUGUCAUGCUGCUAUCUCGGCACACUUGAUUAUCAAGUUCGACGUUCAAAACACAAUCUGGCUCAUGAUGAACCCUUACGUGUCUAGAACAUUUCAGCUUCGUUGUUCUCGUCGGUUUGAAUGCUCUCUGGGUAGGGUCAUUGCCCUUAGGUGCCUCGUGGUGGUAUUACGGUCAUGCAGAAUGCAUGUUGUUGGUUACGUGGCUGGGUUAUUUAUUUUCAUAGCCGCUCAAUGGGGUUUUACAUGACGUACAACGUGCCAGUGUUUCCUGGUGCGAAUAUAUGUGAUAUUUGCGGCUGCA